CAGGAAGUUUCUCCUUUUCUAGACGUAACACUUGACCGCUUGUUACCCAACCAGAGUAGAAAGUAGAUAUGGCAUAGUAUUACACUGUGUGAAAUUGACAUUGGGCGUAAUAUAACAUAUGAUCGACAUUGCAAGGACGCAGCUUACAGCGUUUUUAUGACGGCGUUACGCGCAACCAAUUCUACAAACGAAUCCCAUCACAGUUGACAUGUGGCCACGCGCUUAGCUUACUAACUGCCUAUAAAAUAGUAGUUGGUUUGUUUUGCAUAUUGCGCCAGUUGAAUUGCCCUGAUGGAAAAGGUCCGGAGAAUAUUAGUGCACCUGUCAAGGGACAAAAGUGUCCCACAGUGUGCCAAAUUCGUGCAGAGCAUCACUGGCCAUUUUGCACGCAGUCCCAUUGAUGACCAUGUGAGGGUGAACUGCUCCCUGGAGAACAACCGCUUCAUCCUGUAUGAAGCAGGAGAAAAGGGCUCCCAGACACAGCUUACGAGGGCCAGCUUCUGUCCAUUCAAGCAUCUGACGGACUCUGAGGCAGCCGCAAUUCCAGAGGACAUAUUGGACCGUGGAGUGGACGUGGGCGUUGCUGUGCUUUUACAAACCGCCAACCAGAGACUGCUGCUGACGCGGAGGGCUGCCACUCUCAGAAUCUUCCCAAACGUCUGGGUUCCACCAGGUGGACAUGUUGAACUGGACGAAUCGUUGCUGGAUGCAGGACUGAGGGAGCUGAAAGAAGAGACAGGACUUGAGUUAAACCCCGAUGAAGUUUCAUCUCAACUACUUGGCCUGUGGGAGUCGGUCUUCCCACCGAUGUUGUCCAUUGGUCCUCCUAAGAGGCAUCAUAUAGUGACCUACAUGCUUCUGCACAGCACCAUGUCUCAUCUUCAGCUGCAGGCGUGUCUGAAGCCGGAGCCGGCGGAGGUCAGCGGCUGCCUCUGGGUGGACUCCAGCCUGGUCAGGGCCAUCGUGUCGGCCGUGGACGGGGAGGAGCAGCCGGUCCAGCUGCCCAGCAACCUGCCUCACACCAUCAGCGUGGUAGAGGUGUCCUCUACAGGGGAGCUGCGGGAGGCAGCCAUGGCCGCGUCCGUGCUCUGCAACCGGGCACCAGCGGAGGGGGAGGACGUGGAGCGAGUCAGCACUGGCACCAAGUACGCCCUGGACCUCUGGCUGAGAACCCUGGAGCCAGGGGCGUAAACACACAUUUUGGGCCCAUAUGUACAAUCUGCUCCAAUGGACACCCCCCCCCCACACGCCAUAUAGUAUGUUCAGGACCGCUGACAGUUUUUGCUAGGCCCGGGACAAAGUCAUCUGAAAGGCCCCCCCACCCAAUACAUACAAUGUAAUGGAAACCCAUUUCUGCCCCCCGUAUCUCCCUGGGCCUGGAACAACUGACCCCUUUGUCCCCGCUUGUCAGCUUCCCUGAGUAUGUUCAUAAAUCGGACUGUGUGGGGGCCCCCUGUAUACAUGGGGCCCUGUUGUCACACUUUACCCCUCUGUGUGACACCCCUGCCUGGAGCACCAGGGAUCAUGAAAAAACCCACCAAUGAAAACCCAGGGAUCAUGAAAAACUCACCAAUGAAAACCCAGGGAUCAUGAAAAACUCACCAAUGAAAACCCAGGGAUCAUGAAAAACCCACCAAUGAAAACCCAGGGAUCAUGAAAAACUCACCAAUGGGCUCAGUUUUUUUUUCUUUCUCUCUCUCUUUUUUAAACAUCAGUCGAGCAGGAAUGCUUGAAAAUGUCAACGGCGGAUUUGGGAGAACACAAAGACUGAACAGUAGCUGCUCUUAUUCAAGCACCUCAAGACUCCAGUCAAGCGAUGAAGAAGAAGAAAACCACACAUGCUGCCUUCUUUCACGACAUGCCACUAUAAACCAAAAGAGAUGGAGGAUCGCUGUUAUUGGAAAGUAGAGGAAGGUUCUGUUAUUCUUUUAUUAUAAUGAAAGUUAUUCUUGAAAGAACGACAGCACCUUCUGUCCACAUGGGGGCAGUGUCUACGUGAUUCUGUCUGAAGAUCCUUUGGGACAUGCCUCCAACGGGCCAAUAAACAC